CCGUUGCCUUGCAGGGAUGCCUGGCUGGGAGGUAGGCGACUGAAGGGCAGGCAUGGAAGGGAGAGGACCCUACCGCAUCUACGACCCUGGCGGGGGCUCAGAGGAGAAUGCAUCCACGGCCUUUGAGCGGCUGGUGGAGGAGAACACCCGGCUGAAGGAGAAGAUGCAGGGGAUCAAGUCUAUCGGAGAGCUGCUGGAGGAGUCCCAGGUGGAGGCAUCCAAGCUGCGGCAGAAGGCAGAGGACCUCGUGAAAGACAACAAAAUGCUGAUCGCGUCAUCUUCCUUGGAGGAUCUGGUGGAAACUGGAGCCGUCGGCCCUGAUCCCAGCUCUACGCGGGCUGCCCCAGGCAGCGCCCAGCCAGACACGGAAGCACGGAAAUCUCCUCCAAGUGGAUCCUCCUCGGAGUUUGAGAUCGUCGCUGUCGAAGCACAGGGGUUUCCUCAGGAGAGUGGGAGAACGGACUUGGAGCAGCCGCCGAAUGAGGAUGCCAACCUGCUGCCCCAGCUGCAGCAGCUGGAGAGCACGCUGAGCGGCUGCGCCAAGGAGGCCAGCAAGGACCAGGUCUUCGUGCGCAUGGGCUACAUGGCCUCUGAGCUCAAGCGCCUGGCCUCCAAGGUGCACAAGAAUGAGCAGAGAACAUCGUUCCUGCAGACGCUGUGUGAGACGCUGCACAGUGAGAACAAGGAGCUGCGAACCAAGCUGGAACGGGACCUGGAGCAGAGAAACCAGGCACUGGAGAAGCUCAGGUGUGAGAACCAGGAGCUCCGGAGGAUGGUGACGCUGAGCAGCCAGGACAGUGGGAAGAGGGAAGCUGCUGAGCAGCAGCAGCAGAGCGGAGCCACGGUGGAGAAGGCGCCGGGCAGAGGAGAGCUGGAGGCCAAGGAGAAGAAGGUGAAGAUCCUGGAGCACCAGCGCAGGGAGCUACUGGAGGUGAAUAAGCAAUGGGAUCAGCAUUUCCGAGCCAUGAAGCAGAAGUACGAGCAGAAGGUCACGGACCUGCACCAGGAGCUGGCCGAGGCCCGCAGGGCACUGACUGAGCUGGAGGCAGAGCGGGAGCAAAAGCAACGGGAUUUCGACCGCAAGCUGCUCCUGGCCAAGUCCCGGAUUGAAACAGAGGAGGCAGAGAAGGAGAGGCUGGCCAUGGAGGUGAGGGACCUACAGCAGAGGAUGCGGUUCCUGCAGGAGCAGCUGGCUCCAGUCACCAGGCAGCGGGAAUACCAGGAAAAGGAGAUCCAGAGGUUGAACAAGGCUUUAGAGGAGGCCCUGAAUGUCCAGGCCUCUCCACCACCCAUCUUCGCUAGCACCAUGGAGACGGCGGGGAAGGUGCCACAGCAGGAGCUGCUGACCCAGAAUGAGCUACUCAAGCAGCAGGUGAAAAUUUUUGAGGAGGACUUCCAGCGAGAGCGGAGUGACAGAGAGAGGAUGAACGAGGAGAAGGAAGAGCUGAAGCAGCAGCUGGAAAAGCUGCAGAAGCAGUUGGUCCUCUCCAAUAACCAGCUGCGAGCUUCCAAGGACGACUGCCAGAGGGAGAAAGAGGAGAAGGAGAAGCUGAAGAAGCUGCUGAAACAGCACAAACAGGCUUCUGGAGAGAGGCUGCAGCCGGGGCCGCUGGGCCCUGCCUGCCCCAUGUACCAGUACCAGUACAGUCCCCCCAUGGCUCACCCCAUGUACCAUGGCUUCGACGAGUGGCAGCAGAUCCGAUACCCACCAGCAAUGCCGGGCGAGCACACGCCAGGACAAAAUUUCCACCAUUUUCCCCCGCCCGAGUACCCCUGGCGCCCACCCUGCGCCAUGGCUCGCAGCCAGAACACCCAGGCAGUGGCUGGGGUGAAACCGGUCCCCAAGGACUUGGAACAGGCAGGUCCCAGAUUGCCCUAA